AUGGAGUCGCCUCCCUCAAUCUUUGUUGUCUCUAUCUUUGCUUUGUUAGUUAGUUCCACAGUACCCUGCCUGGCUUUUGCCAGUUCUCCAUGUCAUUUCCCAGCAAUCUUUAACUUCGGAGACUCAAAUUCAGACACCGGUGGAUUAUCUGCAGUCUUUGGCCAAGCUCCUCCUCCGCAUGGAGAGUCUUAUUUCCACCAUCCCGCCGGACGUUACUGUGAUGGCCGCCUCAUCAUUGACUUCAUCGCGAAGAGCCUUGGAUUACCAUAUCUAAGUGCUUACCUUGAUUCUGUGGGGAGCAACUUUACUCAUGGAGCCAACUUUGCAACUGCAGGAUCAACCAUUAGGCCCCAGAAUACAACACUCCGCCAAAGUGGUUUUAGUCCUAUUUCCUUAGACGUUCAAUGGAAUGAAUUCUAUGAUUUUCACCGUAGAUCCCAAAUUAUCCGUAGCCAAGGUGGAGUUUAUAAAAAAUUGUUGCCAAAGGCUGAAGAUUUCUCCGGUGCUUUGUACACAUUCGAUAUUGGUCAGAAUGAUCUGACCAGCGGUUAUUUCUUAAACAUGAGUACCAGUGAAGUGAAAGCAUAUGUCCCGGACGUGCUCAACCAGUUCAAAAACAUUGUUUCGAAUGUCUAUGGUCAAGGAGGAAGAAACUUUUGGAUUCACAAUACAGGUCCAUUUGGUUGUCUAGCUUAUGUCUUGGAACGCAUUCCAAUCUUAGCAGCCGAGGUGGAUAGGACUGGAUGUGGGUCUCCGUUUAACGAAGUGGCUCGAUAUUUCAAUCGUGGAUUAAAGAAGGUUGUUUUCCAAUUAAGAAAGGAAUUACCCUUGGCUGCAAUAACUUAUGUCGAUGUUUACUCAGUCAAGUACAAACUCAUCAGUCAAGCAAGAAAGCACGGCUUUAAUGAAUCGUUAAGAGCAUGUUGUGGCCAUGGUGGAAAGUAUAAUUACAAUAGGCACCUUGGAUGCGGAGCAAAGAACACUGUGGGUGGCAAAGAAAUAUUACUGGGUAAAUCCUGCAAAGAUCCAUCCGAAUGGAUUAACUGGGAUGGGGUACACUACACAGAAGCAGCUAACAAAUGGGUUCUGGACCAAAUUAUGGACGGUUCCUUUUCCGACCCGCCAAUUCCAUUGAAGAUGGCAUGCCAUAGGCAGCCAGGCCAUUGA